AUGACGGACGUUGCAGGGACGAUUCCCACAAACACUGCCGGGGAUCCUCCCAUGGAUGAUGGCGAGGAGGAGGAAUCCAAGGAGAUUCUCCUCAUGAAACAAAGAGUUGAAGAAAUGGAACGAGAAGCGAACAAAUUACGAGAGCUUCAAGCCGCAGCUGAGAAAGCAGAACGAGGCUCUGUGGAAGCAGCCGACACAAGUGUGCCAAUGGAAACGGAAGAAGACAAGGCUGCUGCAGACGGCCGGAGCAUAUUUGUUGGAAAUGUCGACUACGCAGCCACGCCCGAGGAGAUUCAAAUGCACUUCCAGGCCUGUGGUGUGAUCAAUCGUGUCACCAUCCUCUGUGAUAAGUUUACAGGUCAUCCGAAAGGAUACGCAUAUGUAGAAUUCGCAGAAUCCGACCAUGUAGACGCGGCGGUGGCUAUGGACAACUCACUCUUCCGGGGUCGAUUGAUCAAGGUCACAGCAAAACGAACAAACGUCCCGGGGUUCAACCGUGGCAGGGGGCGAGGCGGGUACCGCGGUGGGUACCGAGGCGGCUAUCGGGGUGGUUCAUUCGGUUACACCCCAUAUCGGGCGCGCGGAAGGUGA